GCGAAAUUUUAAAAAAUGGCGGAGCGUAUUCGGUGCCGAAGUCGUCGAUCAACCGAAAAUCUGUUUGUUAUGAUAGAAGAAAGUGUGUCAAAAUCAUUCCAAGACUGUGAAGACAUUGACAUUAACGAAAAACAAAGAGUUUUUGAGCGUUUUAAAGAGAUAUACUUUGGCAGUCUCAAGAGUAACAUUGUUAUUGAUGGAGUAGGAUGGGAAGAAACAAAUUGUGAUGAAACAGCAGAAUUCAAACCCAUUGAUAUGGAGAAAAAGAAAUACGUUGACACCACACUGGUGGAGUUGGUGGAUGAUUCAACUGUCAGAGUAAGCAGUCGACGAAAGAAGUAUCCCUCAAAGCUUACCAUAAACUGUCGGAAGAUGUUGGAAGCUCAAACAGUUCAGUGUGUCAAAAGAAAGUUUCAGCUUCCUACUAUGAAAGUAUGCAACCAUACAGUAGCAGAGAAGGUAGUCGACCCUUUAAGAAUGGAGAAUAUAGCAGAAUCCUGCAAAGAUUUGGCAACACAAAUUAAGACUAUUCCUGAUGCCCUCAUCAAAACAGACAGACUGAAGAAAUCAACGGAAAUGUUCGAGAACCACAAAAUGACUCUGCCCAAUGGCGUCUUGUUUAAUGACAGUGUAGUGAUUCCUCCCGAGGAACCCUCCCUUCAGAGCCGGCUUCUGGUACAGCUACAGUAGGGGGAUAGUCAAGCUACUGCUGGUGUUACCCAUAGGUCCCAUGUUGAAAAGUCUGUUAUUUACUGGUUUUGUUUUAACAUUGUUUUCUCUUUUUUACCAGUAUUUUAAAGACACUAGUGCAUUACAAUGAA